GUGUACCAGGUACCUGGGAAGCGGCCAGAGCAGCGGUGAUGGGCGUCCCUGUGCCCUCGCAGGUCACCCCAUGAGCACAGCCCUGCAGAUGACAGCGUUCGGUCUCGCUCUUCUCUCAACCCUCUUCCUGCUCCUGGCCACGUGCACUGACUGCUGGAUGGUGAACGCCGAUGACAGCCUGGAGGUGAGCAGGGCAACCGCUCUAUGGAGCAAGGUGAGCCACAGAUGCCGGGGGCUCUGGAGGGAGUGUGUCACCAACAUGCAGGAUGGGGUCAGGACCUGUGACCAGUAUGACUCCAUCCUGGCUGACCAUCCGGUGAAGAUCGUGGUGACACGGACCCUGCUGAUCACAGCAGACCUCCUGGCUGGCCUGGCUUUGACCAUGCUGCUCCUUGGGCUGGACUGCAUCAAGUUCCUCAAGGAAGAUCCCGGUGUCAAACUGAGGAUGUGCUACGGGGCCGGUGGCAUCCUCGGCGUUGGGAGCAUCCUGGGUCUGGUGGGCUCCGUGUGGUACGCGGUGGAUGUGUACGUGGAGAGGGCCACGCUGGUGUCACACAACGUGUUCCUGGGGGUCCACUAUGACUUCGGGUGGUCCUGCUGGCUGGGCAUGGCUGGCUCCAUGGGCUGCCUCGUGGCAUCGGUGCUGCUGUCCUGCUGCCUCUGUGCCUGCACGGAUCCCAGCAGCCACCAGCAACCCCAGAGGCCUCCCCAGCCCCGGGUCCGAACGGCCACCAGCAAGAUGUACGCCAUGGACUCCCGCGUGUGAUGGGCAGCAGCACCUCCUGCAGCCAGCACCACUGUGGGAUGCUCUCCCCCUCCAACCUGACCCCAUUAAAGCACCAUCUUCUGUACUGGGACACGUCUGCAACUGGGUUAAGGCUCCAACAGCAGGAGCUGCGUGAGCUGUAGCAUCAGUGGCUGCGGGAGUCACCCACAGAGGAGGUUGUUUUCCAUAGAGUCCCAGACUGGUUUGGGUUGGAAGGGACCUUAAAGCUCCUCCAGCUCCAACCCCUGCCACGGGCAGGGACCCCUUCCACUGGAGCAGCUUGCUCCAAGCCCCUGUGUCCAACCUGGCCUUGAGCACU